AUAAUAUUCAACUUGUUUUGUUGAAGGAGAAGAAARCUUAUUGUAGGCCAUAAUAUUGCUAAAACAUCCCACUUGGAAAAGCCACUGCCCAAAUAAGAAAAAAAUGUAAUCAUUCAUGGUUUUCCAGGAAUUGUUUCUUCGUAUUUUGAUUGGUUAUUAUUGGUUAUCGAACGAGUGUUCCACGAAUAAUUUUCAGCUCGAAUUCCAAGAAAAGUGAAAACGCAGCAAAAAUUAGAGCUGUCAGCAAUAAUCCUAGCGUGAAACCUCGAAAAAAUGUCUUUAGAAAUUACUUCGUAAGGUUUUUUGUUUAUCCUAUUGCAAGAGAAAUAAGUUGAGUGGAGUUUAGAGCGUGAAAAAUGGCGAAGAAGAAAGGAAAAGGACGAGGGAGAGGACGAGGACGAGGACAAACCAGCGGAGGACAAACCAGCGAAGGACAUCAGGAAGUUGGUCAAAAAGCAGCCUCGCAAGAAGCAUGCGCAAGUGGGUCAAGCUCUCAAGAGCCAAAAGCGCCAGGGCCAAAACCUAAUGUUCCUUCAGUUCCAAUAGUACAUACCACUGGACUGCCUCCCCCUGAAGCACCUCAAAAUGUGCCAAGACCAGGACAAUAUGAUGCCUCAGAUUACGACAGGCAAACAAAACAGCUUGAAGAGGCUGUGUCAGGACUGUCUGUUACUAACCCUUCUAAAGGUCAACAUAUGCAACCCAAAGUCAAGCAUGGCACACCCCAAGAACAAAGGACUAUGCCARAACAGGCACCAAGUUUACCACCACAGCCAUCGCAGGCGCAGGCACAGCCAUCAAAGAGACAGCCACAGCCUUCGCAAGCACAGGCACAGCCAUCCCAGACACAGGCACAACCAUCGAAUAGACGSCCACAGCCACCACAGGGACAACCACAGCCACAGCCAUCWCAGGCACWGCCUCCAMAGSCUCAGGGCAAAGCACCAAAAAAUCAAAGAACUCCACCUAAAGAAGUUUUGGCCAGUUCAAUGACUGAUGAAAGGUCCCGUCAACAUCAACUAGUGGCACUUCUUCCACGUCGGCCUGACUUUGGAAAAGCAGGAARACCUAUCAAACUAAAAGCUAACUCCUACAGAUUGGAUUUGCRUAACAUUGACUAUAUCUUCCACUACGAUAUUGACAUCAAGCCAGAGAAAACACCUAUCGGAGAAUGCCGAGAGGUCGUCAAAAGUGCUGUUAACAAGUAUCUGAAAUCAGUAUUUAAUGGAAACAGUCCGGCAUUUGAUGGUAGGAAGAAUUUGUACUGUAGAAACAGACUUCCAGCUGUGGAUGGCGAAAAGGGUCAACAGCUUGAGAUCGUACUACCUGGAAUAGAUGGUGGCAAGGACAGACAGUUCAAGCUAACCAUCAAGUAUGCAGCUCAGGUUUGUGUAAAUGAACUACAGAACUUUCUUCAAGGCACACGAAACAGCAAGAUGCCACAGGAGGUGGUUCAAGCCCUUGAUAUCAUAUUGAGACAAACUCCUUCGUUACACUUUACUCCCAUCGGAAGAAGCUUUUUCCCUCCCCCUCCCCCUGACGGUCAAGCAGAUUUAGGGGGUGGAUGUGAGAUGUGGACUGGGUUUUAUCAAAGUAUCCGACCUUCACAGUGGAAGACAAUGCUUGUCAAUAUUGAUGUGUCUUCCAAAGGAUUUGUGAAGCAUCAGUCAGUGAUAGAGUUUCUGUGGGAAACAUUGACACCCAACUUCAGGGACUUCAGGGAAUCAAAUCUGACAGACAGGACAUGGCAGAUGUCACCGCCGAUGAGGAAAGAGUUUCUUACCGCCAUCAAAGGUUUAAAGAUAGAAACGAGUCACAUWCCUGGCAUGAAGAGGAAAUAUCUUGUAACAAAUCUGGGCAAAUCUGCCUCUACUCAUUAUUUUCCUCUACAAGAUGAAGGAGCAUCCMAACCCAGACAGAUAUCAGUGGAACAGUAUUUCCUUGAGAAAUAUCAAAUCCCACUACAGUAUCCACAUUUGCCUUGUCUCAUUGUGGGACAGAAGAACAACUCUCUCCCCAUGGAAGUGUGCUUUACAGUUCCUUGUGCCAAGAGAAAGUUAACAGAUAAGCAGACUGCUGAAAUGAUCAAGAAGACUGCAAGACCAGCUUUUGAGAGACAAAAGAAAAUAUCUCAGUGGGCUGGAGAACUGGAAUCUGCGAGCCGCAGCUAUUUAGCUAACGAGUUUGGUAUGUCCAUCAACAAAUCAAUGGUAGAUGUUGAUGGUAGAGUCCUAUCUGCCCCAGAUGUUAAACUAGGAGACCGUGGCACAGUGGUCCCUCGGGAUGGAGUAUGGGAUAUGAGAGGGAAAAAAUUCUUUCAUGGAGCUGAUGUUAGAGUAUGGGCGAUGGUUUGUUUUGAGCACCCAAAAAAAUGUAAUGAAACUGUCACACGCAAGUUUGCCAGUACGAUGAGWAGUGUCUGUCAGAGUGAAGGAAUGCGAAUGAAUGGUGAGCCUUGCAGGAUCCAGUAUGCCAGAAACAAUGAUAAUAUUAAACAGCUGUUAUCAGACCUUGUUGUCAGAUAUCAAGAUUUGCAGCUUAUCCUAGUCGUUCUUCCAAUUCAAGGCAACAAGGAUAUCUACAAGGAAGUUAAGCGCGUAGGAGACACUAUUCUCGGCAUCCCUACACAAUGUGUACAGACCAAACAGUUCAUGGGUGCAAAACCACAAGUCUGCUCAAACAUCGCUAUGAAAAUAAACGCUAAACUAGGAGGAAUCAACCACAUYGUUGAUCCAUCCAUGAUGCCUGAAUUGUUUAAAGAUGUGAUCGUGUUUGGGGCCGAUGUGACUCACCCCUCCCCUGGUGAGAAGGAAAUUCCCUCGGUUGCUGCUGUUGUUGCAAGCAUGGACAGCCAUGCCAGUAGGUAUGCUGCCMGGGUGAGAGCGCAGACUCAUAUAAAAGACAAAGCAGCGCAAGAGAUCAUUGUGAAAAUGGCUGACAUGGUUAAAGAAUUGCUGGUAGAGUUCUAUAAACAAACAAAGCUCAAACCAAAAAGAAUUAUUUUUUACCGGGAUGGAGUAAGUGAGGGACAGUUUGAUCAAGUSCUUGUGAACGAGGUGAAGGCCGUUCAACAGGCGUGCCUUAACAUCCAGGAAGACGGCCAAUAUCAACCACCUAUCACUUUUAUUGUGGUCCAAAAGAGACACCAUACCAGGCUGUUUUGUGUUGAUAGGAAUGACCAGUCUGGGARGGCUGGAAAUAUUCCUGCUGGAACCACUGUUGAUAGUGGUAUCACACAUCCCUUUGAGUUUGACUUUUAUCUCUGCAGUCACCAAGGCAUCCAGGGAACAAGUCGCCCCACCCACUACCAUGUGUUGUACGAUGACAACAACUUCACAGCUGAUGGUCUUCAGAAACUGACCUAUCACUUGUGUCAUACGUAUGCACGGUGCACCCGUAGUGUAUCUAUGCCCUCCCCUGCUUACUAUGCACACCUGGUAGCCUUCAGAGCACGGCACCAUCUGAAUGGACUGGUAGGAGCAAGACAGGAUGACCGCAAGUCAGAGGAAGAAUUGAUGCAAGAAUUUAAUAAAGCCAUCAGCGUUAACGACAAAGUAAAGAGUGGAAUGUAUUUCACAUAAAGGAAAUAGACUUGAUGUCAUGUUACAUGUAAAUAUAAGGUAUCCCAUAUUCAUAAUUCAAUGUUGAGUUGAUCUUUGCAUUUAAUUCRAGGUACAAACAAAAUUUCAGAAGGUUGAUCCAAAGUUUUGUUAAAUGUUUGGUUGUCAACUUAAUUGCCAARGUCAUGCAAAUAAUGAAGCAAUGACAUUUCUGGUCUCCUGGCACAGCCACAUUGACUAAGAUUGUUCCUUAAGAUUGAUUCAUGUCAGUGCUGAUUUAGCUCUGAAGGGGUUAAACCCCACAAUCUUACAAGAAAAAAAAACAAAAAUUUAAGCCUUUACACAUGUAGGUAUUUUUACUAACGAUGCAAACAUAGAAAUUACUUUAAGAUGCUGUAGACUGAAUCUUUCCUUAUUCCUUUUGAGUUGAUGACUAUCUGCUCUUGGGCAUAUUGUAUGCUUAUACAUGAAUCUCUUCUGAAACCCAUGCCAUAUACUCAGCAGGCUGUAUUUAUAGAUAGAUUCCAGAUAUUACUAGAGAAUGUUAGAAAAUAUUAUAAAGGUUAUAUAGCUGUACUUGUUUAACACAAUGUAAAAUAAAUUUAAAUAAUUUUUUUAAAAUUAGCAAUGACUAUGGACAGAUAAGUAAUCAAAGCAAAAUUGGACUAAAAGAAUUUUGUGCAGGUCUACUCUCUCUAAACUGACAGAAAGGGUUUGCAAAUAAUCACCUUCUAAAAGAUUCACAAUUUCUAAUAAAAAAAWUAGGUAGUCUUA